GCGGGGCCAGCGGUGUAAACACUCGCUGCUCGACACCCCGCUAGUGGCUAAGCUAGCUAGCUCUUCCCUGCCUCACUCCGCCUCCGGAACUUUGGACCUCUCUCCCCGGGUUCAGAUGGCCGGGGUCGCCCUCAGGUGUUCGGCUCCCUGGCGCUUUGUCCAGCUAAGAAGGUGAGGACCACAAAGACAGCAGAGAUUCUCCAGGACUCCCAGUCUGACGUUCCACACCUCCGCCUCUCCGAUGAUGGGAGCCACGGAGGAGCAGUUUGAGCAGGCCAGGAGCAGAAUGUCCUCUCUGAAGACGGACCCGGGCAACGACGUCAAGCUGCAGAUCUACGCUCUGUUCAAACAGGCCACUCAGGGUCCCUGCAACACCCCCAAACCCGGGAUGCUGGACUUCGUCAACAAGGUGAAAUGGGAGGCGUGGAGGUCUCUGGGUGCCGUACCACAGGAUGAAGCCCGGCAGAAAUACUGCGACCUGAUUGGCUCCCUGGUGGCGGCGGAAGGUGGAAAAGCUGCCAACGGCGCUGCAGUGCCUGCUGGGAGCGGCCCGGCAUACGAGACGCUGCAGGUCACUACGGAGGAUGACAUCACCACCAUCAAGCUGAACCGCCCGGCCAAGAAGAACGCCAUCACCACUGAGAUGUACAACGACAUCAUCGAGGCUCUGAAUCAGGCAGCCAAAGACGACUCGGUCCUCACAGUCUUCACUGGUGCCGGAGAUUUCUACUGCAGCGGAAACGACCUCUCCAACUUCACCAACAUCCCCGAGGGGGGGGUGCAGGAGCAGGCCCGUCGGGGGGGGGAGCUGCUGAGGAAGUACGUGAAGGCCUACAUCGACUUCCCCAAGCCGCUGGUUGCCGUGGUGAACGGACCGGCUGUAGGAAUCUCUGUCACACUGUUGGGACUGUUUGACCUGGUGUACGCUACGGACCAGGCCUCCUUCCACACUCCCUUCAGUCAGCUGGGUCAGAGCGCCGAGGGCUGCUCCUCCUACACCUUCCCCAAGAUAAUGGGCCCCGCCAAGGCCAGCGAGAUGCUGCUGUUCAAUAAGAAGCUGUCUGCGGUUCAGGCCUGUGAACUGGGUCUGGUCACCGAGGUUUUCCCUGACAGCAGCUUCCAGUCGGAGGUCUGGACCCGACUGAAGGCCUACGCCAAGCUGCCCCCCAACUCCCUGUCGUUGUCCAAGCAGCUGAUCCGGUCCACAGAGAAGACCCUUCUCCACCAGGUGAACGAUGCUGAGGUGGAGCGCCUGAUGGAGCGAUGGACCUCCGACGAGUGCUUCAACGCCGUCAUGAGCUUCUUCCAGGCCAAGGCCCGACUGUGAGACCGUCUGUCUCUCAGCCCGUCUCACAGCCGUCCCUCCGCCAGGACGUUGGAGUAGUUUGACUCGUCCUCAGGAUGAAGUUUGUUUCUUUACUGUUGAGCUACUACCAAUGUCGUACCUCAGUGUAGUCAUCUUCAUCUUCAUCUUCAUCGUCUAAAGAACACAUGAAGUUAAAGCGCCUUCAACCUUUGGAACAUCUUUUUAUUGUGUAAUAAUGUUGAUUUAUUCCAUGAGGAAAAUGCAGACUUUUGUUCAGAGACAAAAACUUGAUUAAUAAUCGUUUUCUGGUGAAAUAAAUGAAAAUGUGAAUUUUCUUCUGAAAAAUAAAAACUCUGUUUAACGA